AGUGUGUUUCUUUUUUACUUGCUCUAUAUUGACACAUUAUAAAAAUAAUGUUUUUUCCUCGCAGCAUGUUUAAAGUCUAUUGAAGAAAGGUUUUAUCGUACAUAUGCUAAUUGAUUGCAAUAAAUUAUAAGUAAUUUCACUAAAAAACAGCUUUAAAAUGUCAAACUUUAAAAGAAAUCUCGAUAAUUGUUUUAAAAAAGAUAAUGGGGGCAUCUUUAAAUAUAAUCGAGUCAUAGGCCAAGUAUCUAACCAAAUACCGGCUGCCAUGCGUUACAUCCGACAUCGUAAGGAUUACCUUAUUAUCACUUGUGUUGGACGUUCAUUCCAAGUGUAUGCAAGUAGUCACUUUCGUCUGUUGCACGUGAGUGGCCAGCAUCCAGACGACAUAACUGCUAUGGCUGCUGAUCGCAGGCACAUUUAUACUGCUUGUAAUAAAUGCAUUUAUGCGUGGCGAGCAGGAAAACAUGUGAAAAAUGUUUAUCGGGGACAUGCUAAGAAUGUUCACACUAUAUUGCCUUUUGGCUGUCAUUUGAUUGCGGUAGAUGAAGAUAAUGUCUUGAAAAUGUGGGAUAUUAAGGAAGCGAGCGUAUAUUUGGAAGUCGCAUUUGAAGAUGAUUUCAAAGUCACAGCCGUGGCGCACCCACCAACUUAUGUUAAUAAAAUUGUAUUGGGAUCCGAGCAAGGACAAUUGAAGCUUUUGAAUGUCAGGAAUAAUCGUGUAUUAUAUACAUUCAAUGUACAUUCAAGUCGAGUUAUAUGCAUAGAGCCGGCACCAGCUAUUAAUGUCAUAGCUGCGGGGCAUCAAGACGGUUGUAUAAAUUUAAUCGAUCUGUUAUACAAUCAAAUAUUAAUGAGAUUAAAGCAAGAUUGGGGGACAGUGUUAAAUAUUACGUUUAGAACUGACGGUCCUCCCAUUAUGGUCUCAGCGAGCAAUCAUGGUUACGUAGCAUUUUGGAAUUUAGAGGAAAAAAAGAUUUUAGAUCAACUUCAGGUACAUGAAGAUGCGGUGUCGACUGCCAUUUGCUUGCCAAACGAACCUUUGAUGCUAACUACUUCCUCAGAUAAUUCAAUGAAAUUGUGGAUAUUCGAUAUGAUUGACGGUGGGGCUCGUAUGUUGCGCAUACGUGAGGGGCAUAUAAGGCCACCCCUUUGCUUACGUUACCAUGGACAAAAUGGUUCAACAAUUUUAUCGUCAGGAGAAGACUGUUCUUUAAGAGCUUUUAGUACAAUCACAGAAACUUUCAAUAGGAAUUUUGGCAAAGCCAGCUAUAAUCGAAAAUCUUCUAAGAAGAAGAAUCGUUUCCAGGACGACCCUCAUCGUAUGCCUCCUAUUAUUGAAUUUACUAGCGAAACUACAUGUGAAAAAGAAUGGGAUAAUAUAGUUGCUAUACAUGCUGGUACACUACAGGCCACAACUUGGUCUUUUCAUAAAGGCCGCAUGGGACAAAAUCGUUUAAUACCUCAAAAAUUUUUUAAUAAAAAUUGCCCUGACAUUUUUGUUGAAACAACCUGCAUUGCUUUAACACAUUGCGGAAAUUUUGCGAUAAUAGGGUACUCUUCUGGGGAUGUUGAAAAAUAUAAUGUACAGUCAGGUCAGCAUAGAGGUAGCUACGGUAAUCCAGGCCACAAAGCUGCUGUUCGUGGAUUAGUUGUUGAUAAUCUCAAUCAAAUGUUGGUGUCUGGCUGCAGUAGUGGUUUGCUAAAGUUCUGGCAUUUUAGAGAAAAAGUUAAAGAACCUUGGAGGACGAUGCGAUUGCUGGAAGGUAUUGCGUUUAUGCGCUCACACCGCGACAGUUCCAUCAUUGCGGUAGCGUUAAUUAACUACACAAUUUUAGUAAUUGAUUUAGAUACCAAAGGAAUCAUACGCAAAUUUGAAGGUCAUAGCGCCAAACUAAAUGAUUUGACUUUUAGUCCCGAUAGUCGUUGGAUUAUUUCAGCUUCAAUGGAUGCAACUAUUAAGGUGUGGGACCUGCCUUCCUCAUAUAUGAUUGAUCAGUUUCGUGUAGAGAAACCUUGUGUAUCAAUCACCAUGUCACCAACCGGCGAUUUCUUGGCUACUGCUCAUGUCGGUUAUUUGGGAAUUUAUUUGUGGGCAAACAGAACGCUCUUUAACCGAGUACCAUUGCAUUCUACUAACCCCCGUUUCGGUGCUCCCUUGGUCGAAGAUCCAUCGAAUCUAGAUAUCGAAACGACAAAAGUGAACAAGGCCGUAAAUGCACACGAUCUUAUAUCUAACCAAGAAGAGAAUUUGGAACAAAUCGACUUUGUGUACCUUACACCGCAGCAGUUGUCGAAGAAUACAAUUUCUGUCUCUAAUCUGCCUGCGCUGAAAUGGCAAAAUCUAUUCGAUUUGGACAUCAUUAAGAGACAUAACAGAACUAAAUGUCCACCAAACGUUAUCAAGCUGGCCCCUUUCUUUAUACCGACUCUAUCCGGGCUUGAGAUGGAGUACGAUGUUAGUACGGACAAAGUUGGGCGAAAGAACAGCAGAUCGAAAAUUUCAAAACAUUCUUUAGGCAGUCAUUUAACAAAUUUCGCUAAUUUGGUUGAAAUUGCCGCUUCUUCUACAGAUUAUGAAUAUUCCGUAAAUCGUCUUAAGCAAAUGAAUCCAGCUGACGUCGAUUUUGAAGUUAAAUCUUUGAAUCCCCUAAGUGAUGGUAAAGUAAUAAUACAAUUUGUGAAAAUAAUUCAGCACAUGCUGCUAUCGAAUAUUGAUUUCGAAUUGGUUCAAUCGUAUUUGAGUAUUUUUUUACGACAUCAUGGCUUGGCAUUAUUGGAAUUUGCAGAAGUUAUUGAAAGUUUGCAAAAUGUGGCAGAGUUGCAGGAGGCUAGUUGGGAUAAAAUUGAAAAAAAAUUAAUGUUUGGAAUAGGGGUUGUGGCAACCUUAAGAAAUUUUACACAAUAGCUUGUAAAUGUAUAUCGAGAUAUUAAUGGACCCCCUAAACUUGGUUUUACACGGGUUUAAGAAAAAUACACUACUUUGUUAAUUAUAACUUUAUUAAAAAA